AUGCAAAAUAGUCUUUAAUAAACCUCGAUAUAAAGUUCUAAUGAGCCUACUAUUAAGGACUCUACAGGCAACAACAAACCCAGCACAUUCAGUAAAUUACAGCGUCUUAGUUUAGGCAAUUAACAUACAAACUCUAACAAGAGGCAAAGCGGAACUGAUUUGCAAAAUACAAAUACAUAUGAAGACGAUCCAGAUGAUGAUGAAGAUUACGAGGAUGAUAAUUAAGAAUAUGACUUGGAGGACGAUAUUAGCUCAUCAGAUGAGUCAAUGCUACUAGAAGAGUCGUUUGAUUGCUUCAAUGACUUAGUCCGAAACCUUAAAGACAUAAAAAUGCAGUAGCAAAAUUUGAUGAAUAUAAAUAACAAUAAUGAGAAGAAAUAAAGAAACCAAUAAAAUGAGAAUAUAUCAUCGUCGGGAUUAAUUAAGCAGUCUUUUACCAAGCUGACCCCGCUUGAUCAUCAGAAUAACUCACAGCUUCAAACUGCUAACAGUUUUGUUAACUCAAGGAAGGAGAGCCACCAAAAGACCAAGACCUCAAAUUCAAGUAAUACUCCGCAGUCCAAACGCGAGGAUGGUAAUGAAAAAUAAAAGAAAAAGUUAAACUAGCACAAGAGAUAACGACUGAGUGUCAAUGUUUACAACUGCAGGUAUGACGUAGUGAGAGAGGUCUCAAGGGAUUACUUCAAUAUGAGACUAUUAGAGGAGGAUGCUGAGGAUUUCGACAUAUUCUGGAGUGAUGGAGGCAUAUAUCCCGAUAAGUUACAAAGGCUGAAGCCUUUUUAAAGAUUAAAUCAUUUUCCUGGAAUGUACGUUUUAGCUAGGAAAAAUCAUUUAGGCAAGCACUUGAAUAAACUUAGAAAAAGAUUCGACUAGGAGUACGAUUUCUAUCCUAGGACCUGGAUGCUACCCAGUGAAUUGACUGAGUUUAGAUCGUAUUAUCAAACAACAUAAGAAAAAAACUAGCGUAAACCUCAAACUUUUAUUGUUAAGCCUGAGGCAUCUUGUCAGGGAAAAGGUAUUUUUUUAACAAAAAAUAUUAAUGAAAUUGAGGCUAACGAGCAUUGUGUUGUGUAAAGAUAUAUCCAAAAUCCAUAUCUAAUGGAUGGGCUAAAGUUUGAUCUUAGAAUAUAUGUGCUUGUUUUUGGAGUUGACCCUUUAAGGCUUUUCCUAUACAAGGAUGGCCUUACAAGAUUAGCCACAGAGCCAUAUCAAGCUGUGAACAGCAAUAAUAUUGAAGAGAUGUGUAUGCAUCUUACAAACUAUGCUGUCAAUAAGUAUUCAUCCAAUUUCGUGCAGAAUAAAGAUGCUAAAAAUGACUCUAUUGGACAUAAGAGAAGUUUAAAAUACACAAUGAGAUAUUUGAAGCAAGUCAAGGGAGAAGAUGUUGAGGGACUCUGGGAAGGAAUCAAAGAUAUUAUCAUAAAAACUUUGAUAGCAGGCUUACCCUCUCUUAAUCAUGUUUACAGAUCUUGCUAACCUGAUGACCUAGAAAAUUCAUUAUGUUUUGAGAUUCUAGGUUUCGACAUUAUGAUAGAUCACAAAUGUAGACCUAUGCUACUUGAGGUAAAUCAUAGCCCAAGUUUUUCAACAGAUUCACCCUUAGAUUAUAAGAUUAAGAAUGAGCUUAUUAGAGAUACCAUGAAAUUACUAGGCUUGAGUGUUAAGCGUAAGAAUUUCUAUAAGCAAUAAAUGCAAGAGGAAAUGGAAAAAAGAAUGCUAACAGGAAAUAGAUAAAAACCUUAAGGAGAACAAAGAGAAAAAAUGAAGAAGGAAUAUAUGCAGAUGAGGGAUUUAUAUGAGUUGAAGAAUCUUGGUGGCUACGAAAUGAUAUAUCCUUGUGAUGAUGGCACUAUGGAAGAAUAUGCUCGAUUCAUGGAUGCUUCAAAGGAGAUCUGGGAGAUUUAAACUGGUUGUCAUUUGAGAAAUAGGAAAAGACUAGAAUCAAUGGAAUAAAAGCCUAAGCCAUUUAUAGUGUCGACAGCCUCAAGACCUUAGCCUAACUCCAUGAAAAAUACCCUUAAUUAAAAUAACAAUCAAAGCAUGAAUCAGGACUACUCUAGCAAAAAUGCUAAAAUAGCCUCAACCAAAAAUAAUAAACAGUAACUGAAGAAGAUAGAAGAGGAAGACUCAGCUCAAAUUCAAUAGUGA